AUUCAAGCAUUUAUAGAGUAACUGAAACUCACCAUUGUUUUAUAAAUAUUGUGAAUGUAUACAGAAUCAAAAUCUUCACUUUAAAUCAGUUGAAAUUAUUACAAUGGCUGGAUUCUCAUUUUGGAAGUUCUGUGUACACUUUUGGAUCGCAUGCUGUAUUCCGGUUAGAAGCCGUCAGAGUCAGCAUGACUGGGUUAAAACCAAUAUGUCGUCGUUUGAAAACUGCAACAGGACUGAAGCUGUUGUAUACGGUUAUAACCUAACCGUUUCACCCAGCCCUAUUAUUCUUCAUCCGGACAUACAUGACAACACCGUUCCACCAAUUAUCAGAGUGCAGGGUCAUGUUAUCGUGACGAGAAAAAUACCUUCCCAUGAAAGCGGAACAUUUGAGCUCCUGAACUCGUUCAUUUUGUCAGCAGACAACACAACCACUGAACUCUGUCAGAUCCUACCACUUGACUUCUGUCACGUGACAGACGUAUGUCAUAUUCUUAGCGAAUGGAUGAAGUUAACAUUCUGUCCCAUCUUGUUCGACAACGGCAGCGGUCCUAAGGGAUGGAAUUGCAAAUGCCUGUUCGAACAGGGGACGUACAUAAUGCCGCGAGGAGCAUUUCCAGUAAACGUAUUUUUUCCAUUUCGACUACAUGCGGAUUUCAAUAUCAUAGCGAAGAUCAAAGAAAAUGGAGUACCAUUGGGAUGCGGCUCAUUCAAAUUUUCAGUGCGGAAAGCGACUGAUCCCGAAGUUUUCAAUGUCACGUAGAGGUCAUCGUAAAUGUGCCGUGGACAACAAGGAUGUCGGAUUGACAAUACCGUCACUUUUUUAUGUGGCUUUUGUUGCUUUAUUAUAUAAAAAGAGGCAUAGGUUUAUUCUUGAACUAGAAGACAAUCAAAAUAGUGAAAUUAAACAGGCAUGUUCAUGUUUCUUCGAACUUAUUCAUACUCGGUUGCAAUGUGUUCACGAAGGGACAAUUACAACUGACACGAUCCGACAUAAUCUCCAUUUAAGAUACAAUUACCAACGGUUCUUUGGGAGUGUUUGAAAUAUGUUGCAAUUCGACACCAUCAUCACGAUCGGGAAUUUAAUGCAUGCCCAAAUGAUACGGUACGAUUUAAACGACAGCGAUGUAUUUUACGUUUAAAUUGAUGGCAUCCACGGACUGGACCCGAAUGAUCACCACUAUAUGUACGAAUAUAAAAGGAUCGUGUUCCCCAAAGUAGUUUGACACUAAUAAAUGCACGCCGUUACAAUACACUAUCGUCAAUGAUAUUUUUCGCGACCGCUUAUGACUGGACAUUGGCUCUAUCUUCGAAAUUUCCAGAAUAUCCCAUAACCAGCUGGGUAUUCGCAACACGUUGAAUAGACAAUACAAUUUAGCAAAGAUUCAACCCUGGCUCGAUAUUCACAAUAUUCUGAAUACUAAAUACCAAACCGGGAUAUCGUCCUUGGCUCGAAAUUCGCUCAAAUUCGAAAUCUCAAUACUCAACGGUGUAGUUUGCAAUAGCUCGAUAUACGCUUACAUUCGAAUACUCAAGAUCCAGAUGUAAUUUGUGUAAUCUCGCUACGAAAUUUUGUAACGAGUUAAGUCAAAAUAUAGACCAAAGAUUAAUACGAAAUAAACACUAGUCAAUCUCAUACUGAUAUGGCUGGAAAGUGAGCGUCAUUAAAAAAGUAAAAAGGAUUUAAAACGGCGAAAAAUACUUAUCUCGGCAUGGACGUCGCCAUCUUGAAUUCCUUCAGAUCAUCACGUGAUUAUCCCCGUUGUUCGACUUGAUUUCUAUUUAGAAAACAAAUAGGGUACUCGUAUACCGAAUUCCAUUUUCAUGGUUUGGUUUUGCUUGAAUUGUUUAGUUUCUAAACGCUGAGUACAUAUUUCAAAAAACAAAUUCUGCACAAAGUACUGUUGUGAAUUCAGGACAAUGCCAGGGUCGUUAUUAUUCACGGUUCGAAUUUAUUAUUUUAUAGCGAUAAAAUACGUUGUUUUUUUUUAAACAAUGUCGGUGUAUGAUUCUUUCAACUACUUUAUAGAUUCCU